UUGGUGAUGCGUAAACUUUAUAUAUUUCAAAAGAAAUUGUGUCAAGUUCGAUCUCCAAUCCAUGUCUCUCACCAAACAAAAACCAAAUCAAUCAAUAAAUGAAUCUCUAUAUUUGCUUGUUGCCCAUUUAAUGAUUCAAGGAAUGUCGAUACGAUUUGUCUCCAAACUGCAGUUUUCAGAUUUCCCUAUCCACACUCUGUAUAUUUCAUGAAAUUCACAUGAUCAGACUAUGAUCAAGUUCGUCUAGAUUCAACCAAUGCACCAAUGUCCUGUUGGGGCUUUGCCGUUACUUAUUCUGUAUAUAACCAAUCUAUCAUCUGAUCUCUCUCUUCAAGAUGAACCCAGAAACGGAUGAAUGCUGCAGGGAGAAGGUCGUGGUGGUGAGUGUGUAUGUGGAGAAGGAAAGGAGAAGAUGGGUGUCAUCAACCCACCACCGUCGCCGUGAUGGUGGCGGUGGCUGUAGGGGAUACAAUAGGAGGGCUGAGCUUCUUGACUACUCCCACAGCCUUAGGGAGUCUGCUCGAUGCGCAGCAUCUACACCCCAAAAUCCCAAAUUUUUCAUCCCCCAAGAACCUGCAGCAGCCGAGGAUAUCACUGGUCAGGGCAAGCCAAAACAUACAAGAUGUCCAAAAUGGCAAAUCUUGAUUCCAGACUUCCUCAAAUCGUCGACAAAUCUUCAAGCUAAGAAUGAGAGAAGGAAGAUGAUGAAGAGGAAGAAGAAGCACCAUGAAUCAACAGCUACAAAGAAGAAAGCUAAGAGGCGGGGAUUUACCUCUAGAGUGUUUUCUAAACUAUUCUGUACACAGUGAAAGCAUAUGUAAGGCUUCAUGUGGCCGGCAACUAUCUACAUCCCUCAAGGUGCUUUGCAUUUUAGAAGGAAAUGAAAAGAAUAGCUCUCGGAUAUUGAAUGAAUGUGGUAUUGCAUUAUUUAUACUAUUGUGUACUUAAAGAACUUAUACACAUGGUAAAAAACAUUCAUUCUUUUUAUAUGAACUAUCUCUUGUAUGUAACCCGGCACAGAUUAAACGAAUCACAUUUGUUUCAAUAAAGAAUAUAUUUUGUUGUCUGA